CCCAUCCACCAGCUUUCCUUAGCUCCAGUCUCUAGGCUCGCGCCAGACUCAGUUCCUGCUAGGGUUGGAUUGGACUUCAUUGGACAACUCGUAGCCUAGUUCCUGCUAAGGUUUUCUGUAGCAGCCACAGUGUGCCAACUUCCUGCAUUUCGGCGAGAUCGUGGCCGCAUUCCGCGUUGUUCACGACUGGAUGACGCCUGUGGUGAUAGGUUACGGUUUUCGUGACUAAAUCUGCUCAUGCCUCCACGCUACGUGGCGAUGGUUUCUGACUAAGCGUGGGCUUUUAGCUAAGAGCCGGUGGAAAUGGAGCGGGGUCCCGCCCCGCAGCGUCGGGCGCGGGAGGGCUCCACACGAACGGUCCCGUUAAAAGACGCAUCCGACGAUCGCCCGGUCGUUCGCAAAAAAGCGCCGGGCGAUCGCACAACGGUAACGAAGCUUCGCGGCGAUGGCCCGAGCAAGGGCGGCCAGGAGAAGCAGUUCAGUCGCAUCAACUCCAUGAUCCACCGUCCAUCGCAGUCUAAGAUGAACGACGACGAUGACAUGGAGCCCGCCGCCGCCCCGCGGUUCAACCGAACGCUCUCCAUGGUCGGCAAGACCCCGGGAAAGCAGCAAAAUGUCCGUGCCGCGCAGCCACGUCAGCAGAGAGCGCCGCCGCAACAGGCGCAUCCCGACGAUGACGAGGAUCCGACCGAAUCGGAUCUCGGGCGGUCGAUGACGAUGGGGAGUAAGCCGCGGGGGAGACCCGCGGCGGGUUUUCCGCAGCAAGGGGGGGAGAGGGGGGGAAUGGGCGGGGGAGGGGGAGGCGGAGGCGGAGGCGGAGGCGGAGGGGGGGGAGAUGGAAGCGGGGAGGAGCAGCUGGGGCGGUCGCUGACGCAAGUUGAUGCGCGGAGACGAGCAGGCGGCGGACGCGGGGGAGGCGCGGGCAGAAGCGGAAGCCCCGCGCAGGGCGGAUUGCGCAAGUCCGCUGCGCCAGGAGGAGGCGCAAGCCGGUCGCGGUCCCCCAUGGGCGCGGGCGCGGACGAUUCGAUGAGCAUGCAGGGAAUGCAGCAGGCCCUGCCGCAACAGCCGCUGCUGAAGUCCGCGCUCAAGCGCAGCAGCGCCGCGCAAACGCCCUCGGGCUACGGCGCCGGAGGCGGGUUCGGCGGCGACGAUGGCGGCGGCGGCUAUGGCGGUGGACAGAUGAUGGGCGGAGCGGGAGGGGGAAGGGGGAGUCGAGCGGGGAGCGCAGCCCAGACGCCGCAAGGGGGGUACGAUCGGUCGGGGAGCCCGUUCCGCGCAGGCGGAGGGCAGUACCCGGGGGGGGAUGGUAAUAUGUACUCCCCCCAAGGCGGAAGGGGGUACGGCGGGGGGGAAGGCGAGGGGUAUCAAGACGGGAUGUACGGCCAGGAUCAGCCGCAGCAUUACGGGCAGGAUCAGCAGUUCCAGCCCACGCCACGUCAGCAGCAGCAGCAGUGGUCGGGCGGGCAGGGGGGCGCCAAUGCUGGGCGGAUGAUGGGGGGAGGGGGAAGCGGGGCGGGGCGGAAAAUGGGGGGAGGGGGGCAGCAGCAGCAGCAGCAGAUGAUGCAGCAGCAGGGGGGGCAGCAGGGAGGGGAGGACGAGUACUAUGGGGCGGGCGCGGGGAACAUGUCGGAUGCGUCGGAUACCAACUUCACGCGGCGGCUGCAGCACAUGCAGGCGCAGCAGCAGCAGGACGAGGCGGCGGCGCUGCCCAUGCUGCCGCCACCGAGCGCGCCUCAAGUGGUGCAGUGUCAGCGCUGCUCCCAGCUCCUAGAAGUCCCUCUGCAGUUACCGCCCGCCAAGAAAGGCGUUCAGAAGCUGCGCUGCGGCAAGUGCCUCCGGGUCUCGCGCUUCCAGGUCAACCCGGCCGACCCCCGCUUCGCCAACCAGCUGCCGCCAAGUCAGCAGCCGCCGCCGCCAGCUCAGCACCCUGGCCAGCAGCUGCAGGGCGGUGGGGGGAGCGGGCGCUUCCCCUCCCCCUCUCCCCUGCAGCCGCAGCAGCGGGGGGUGGGCGGGACUGGAUAUGACAGUGAUGGCAAUGCUAGCAUGAGCGGGGGGGGAGGCGGGGGAGGCGCAGGGGGAGGGGGAGGGCAGGGGGGAGGGGAAGGAGGGGAGAUGGCUACCCCGUCUUAUGGCCACAACCAGCAGCAGCAGGGGAUGGGCGGAAACAUGGGGGGAAACAUGGGCGGAGGCAUGGGGGGGAACAUGGGCGGGGGGAUGGGCGGAGGGAUGGGCGGAGGCAUGGGGGAGGAGGAUGGGAUGACGUACAGCCGGCAGGUGGUGGUGAAUGGGCAGGCGCUGCCGGACGAAUACGUGGCGAUUGCAGAGCAGAGGGCGGGGCCUAUCCACCCGGGCAACUACUGGUAUGAUGACGUGGCAGGCUUCUGGGGUGAGCUGGGUGGGCCAUGCCUCGGCAUCAUCCCGCCUGGCAUCGACUUCGGGGUGCCCAUGCCGCAGUCAUGUGCCGGGGGCUCCACCCGCGUGUACGUGAACGGCAGGGAGCUGCACCACAGGGACCUGGAGCGGCUGAUGAAGAGAGGGUUACCGGGUACACCGGACUGCGGUUACCGCAUCGAGAUCACGGGCAACGUGUUUGACGAGGAGACUGGGGAGUACCUGCUAUGCCUGGGGAAACUCGCCCCCUCGCUUGAGAGCAGGAAGAGGGGUGGCGGCAUGAAGAUGCCAGAGAGAAGCUGAAAAUGCGGAAGAAAUGCCUUGGUUUGUGUAUUGGUAUAUGUGCCAAAAGUUGGGACCUGGUAUUUCGAUAGCGUUGAAGGAUUUCUUGUGGCAUGCUGUGCUGCUAGGGAGGGUUUGUGGAGCAGGAUAAGGUGUACGUAGGGAUUUCCAAAUUUACUGUACGCAUGCAGGUGAAAUCAUGUUUGGCAAUGAAAGGUUGUA